CUGCUCUGCAAACCGUGGCUGCUUGUGCUGGACGCGCGUGCAAAAGAAGGGCGGUGGAGCCCUGCCAUGCAGCUCCCCAAGGACGCCACUGGGCAUGGCCCACUGGCCUCAGUGACUAUUAUCCUCCCAGUACACAAUGCUGAACUGUGGCUGGAUGAGUGCUUGGCGUCUGUGUUACAGCAAGACUUUGAAGGCACCAUGGAGCUGUCUGUUUUUAAUGAUGCCAGCAAGGACAAUUCUAGGACCAUCAUUGAGAAAUGGAAGGUGAAACUGGAAGAUUCUGGCAUCUCUGUAGUCAUUGGAAGCCAUGACUCUCCUUCUCCCAGAGGAGUUGGAUAUUCUAAAAACCAAGCAAUUGCACAGAGCACCGGGUCUUACCUUUGCUUUUUGGAUUCAGACGAUGUCAUGAUGCCCCAGAGAGUGAGGCUGCAGUAUGAAGCCGCCGUGCAGCACCCAACGAGUAUCAUAGGAUGCCAAGUGAGGAGAGACCCGCCGGACUCUACAGAGCGAUACACACGUUGGAUCAACCAGUUGACAUCGGAUCAGCUGUUGACACAGGUGUUCACCUCCCACGGCCCCACAGUGAUCAUGCCCACGUGGUUCUGCUCUCGGGCCUGGUUUUCCCAUGUGGGCCUGUUUGAUGAAGGAGGACAGGGGGUACCAGAGGACUUGCUGUUCUUCUAUGAGCACCUUAGGAAAGGGGGUGGCGUCUUCCGUGUGGACCACAGCCUGCUCCUCUACCGCUAUCACCCAUAUGCAGCCACACACUCGGUCCUUGAGGUUACCAUCUGGACCCACCGUGUCCACUUCCUGGAGGAACAAGUCCUACCCCGUUGGAAGUCCUUCACCAUUUGGAAUGCGGGCAAGCAGGGGCGUAGGUUAUAUCGCAGCCUGACAGCAGCCAGCCGAUGCAAGGUGGUGGCCUUCUGUGAUGUUGACGAGAACAAGAUCAGAAAGGGCUUUUACUGCCAUGAGGAGUCUCAGGAGAGACCCAAGCCGAAGGUCCCCAUCCUGCACUUCCAAGCUGCCCGGUCCCCCUUUGUCAUCUGUGUGAAGCUGGACCUCACAGGGGGUGCAUUUGAAGACAACCUGAAGUCACUGAACUUGCAGGAAGGCCGGGACUUCGUUCACUUCAGCUGAGGCUGCCGCCAGGUGUCUACACUGCAUCCACUGCAGGUUCUGAGCCUUGUCUGCUCUACUCCCUUCCACAGACAACUGUCCGUCACUCUCUGCUUCCUCCCCUCACGUUCUGUUCCUUAGUUUUCACCCUUUUGUUUCUGCUACAUAACUCGAGGCCUCAAUCCUCUAAGCACUACUUUAGGCAAAUUUCCUUUGUUUGGUAAUUUGUACCAACUGGUAAUUUUUAAAAUACUACUUUUUAAAAGCAGGAGUCCGAUUAUCAAAGUUUUGGCUUCUAGGUUCUAGAAAUGUCUAUUAAGCCAAGCUUUUCUUCAGUUUUCAAACCAUCUGUAGUAGCUACUUUUCUCAUUACUGCGACCAAAUACCAAACAAGAAGCAAUUUCUGGAGGGAUAUAUAGGCUCGUGGUUUGAGGGUACGGUCCGUCAUGGUAGGGAAGGCAUUGAUGGUGGACGUUGUUCACAGCUGGGACUCUUCACCCUCUCAUGUCUUUAGAGAGAGGACCGGGCUCUAAACCCCAUCAUCCAGCAACCCACGUCUUCACAGUAGGCCCUAAUUCCCAAAGGUGCCACCACCUGGGAGGGAAUGAUCAAACUCAAGCCUGUUGGGCAUUUUGCAUUAAAUGAUAAAAUUUUACCUCUCAAUUUAAGUGACCAUCCAAGAUGGUAGGCUGGCUUUGCUCUUCCUGAUUUACUUUGUUAUUUACUGAUGUAGUGUCUUACUGUGUAGCCCAGGCUGACCUUGACUCUCCCUCCUAUCUCCGCCUCCUGCGCGAUGGGCUACAGAGGUGCCUGAGCCAUGUGCCCGGCUUAAACACUGUUAGUACAUUCACAUAUGUCCAAGGUUUAAAGCUGACAUUUUCCUGCUCAAGGAAACGUGGGCAUCGCCCUCUCCGAGGCUGAGCCUUCCCAAGUUUUGUCUGUGUCCCUCCAGGUUAGUCUUUAAAUGGGGACUUGAAUGCACUCCCAUUGUGUCAACAAUCUCCCUUCUUAUUGAUGUUUGUCACAGCCUGUCCUGCUCUUUCUCGUCAUUCAUGUUAAGACUUUC